CCCAACCUUCGCGUCCGUCGCUUUCGCCCAUCCGCUUUCCCUCUCUUUUUACUUCACUCCCCCUCCCCCACUCGGCCACUCGCUCACUCGGUCGCUCGGCUCGGUGACUCGGUCCCUCGCCUCCGCCGCCGUCGAUCGGAGCGCACUAGGGCGAGCUCCCGCCUCCCCCGCGGCGGCGAUUCGGGCGUCGCUUUCCUUCCUUCGCGAGGUGUGAUUGUUUCGGGAGCGGUUGGUAGGGCCCCCACCCACCCCCGCGGUCGGAGCGCUUUCCGCUGUCCCUCUCGCGCCCCGCGCCCCUUCCCCCACCUCCAUCAUUGCGGGAAGCCUCUCCUCCCCCCUUUUCGCGCGUCCCGGCCAGAUGACACGCUGGACAUUGUAAGAUCAGGAUCAUGUUGCAUGCAGCAGCAAAGCAAACCUCCUUUGCUAUGGACGAGCAUGAGAACAUUUUCGCUUCUGGCUUUGCUGAGGUUGAUAAGCAUGUAUCCUUCCUCACUGCCUUUGAAGAUGAAGAUAUGGGAGCAGAGCAUUCCUUUUUGGGGCCCGAAUGUAGCAGGGACAUAGCCAGCACCCAUCUUGGUUUGGGCACAUUUGACUUGCCAAAGUGCUUCAGUAUUGAUAAUAUAUCCUGUGCUUUUGAUGAUGAUGAGAUGACAGUCGACAAUGUGGCUGCUACAGUUGUUGCUGGAGAGCAGACAAAGACCGAACUUUUUGGUGAAGCGCUUGAACCCAAAGGUGAGAAGAUACUCCAUGAGGACAAAUGUUGCCAACCUGCUGCCGGACAGCAUUUUAUGGAUUCUGAAUACAUGGAUGAUGCGUCAAACAUCAUUUGUUUUCCGUCCGAAGACUCUCAUCUGCAAGGAACUCUGGCUUUACAAAGUGAGCUGAUGCUUCUUGAUGGAAGAGCCUGUUCUACCGCUGCAGCAACUGAGUCCACAUCAUGUCAGAACUCUGUGUCAUUAGACCAUAUGACUGUUCGAGAGCUACAGGAUGCCUUCCACAGUAUGUUUGGACGAGAAACUGCAGUCAUUGACAAACAGUGGCUGAAGCGUCGUAUCUUAUUUGGUUUACACAACAACAAUGAGUUGGAUAGACCUUUGAAUUUGACAUGUUGUGGUAGCAUUUCUCAAGAAAAGGAAGACAAAAGCACAGUUGCUUCUGGUACUGAGUCCUCUGAAAAUGCUUUUAAUUCUCCUAAAUGGAUGCUGGAUGGUGGUUUUAAGAUGGACGAGAAAAUGAAAGGGAGUAGUUCUGAUUCUCAAACAAAUUACUCUUCUGGGGCUAGCGAAUCUGACGUUUCUUUUCAUGGUAAAGAUGAAAAUGAAGUGGGUGGACUUGUAACGGGAAAGAGAGUCCACAAGCCACCGCGAAGGUAUAUUGAAGAAUCUUCAGAGUUCAAGUCUAGGAGUCACCCUAGAAGGUCCAGUGUAUCUGUUAAAAGUCCAAAGAAUAAGGUUGUGGAUGCUAAAAUUCACAAACAAUGUGAGGAGGAGGUGAAUGAAACAGCCGGAUCUGGUAAUCAGAUAGGAUCCUUUGAUGGAGCCUGUAUCCAGGUUCCGUUUGGCCUUCCAGUUGAAGAAGAGCAAGCAAAGGGAAAUACAUUGUGUUUGCGCCAGGACUCUGACAUAUGCCCAAAAACUGAACAUGCUGCCAUUCCAAGUGAGAUAUCUGAUCUGCCGUGUCCAUCAGCUAAGUCGCAAACUAUUGUGAAAGACGAACGUGUCAUUAGGAGCAAUAUGCAAAAGGGUAGGAGACGGAGAAAGCAUCAUAUGCCAUGGACUCUUACUGAGGUGAUGAAAUUGAUAGAGGGAGUUUCUCAUUUGGGAGUUGGAAGGUGGUCUAAAAUAAAGCGGCUGCUAUUCUCAUCAUCUAAGCAUCGCACAUCGGUAGACCUAAAGGAUAAAUGGCGAAAUCUGGUGAAGGCUAGCUGCACUCAGUUGCGUAAAAAGAGGAAGGGCUUGCAAGUAAGAAAGCAACUGUCGCAUCAAGCACCAGAAUCUGUUUUAUGCCGUGUUAAAGAACUGGCCAGCUCCUGCGCAUGACCAUGAGAACACAUGUCCAGGGUCCCAAGAACUUCCUUUUCCAUUAAACUCACAGAAAGCUCUACCCUUACGGUCUUGGAGGGUAGUAAGCAGUAACAUCAGUAAAAAUGCAAUCCGUAUGCGAGGUUUGAUCAUGGGUGAGAAUCUAGGAACAGGACUGUCGUGUCUAUGCUCUUGUACAAUGUAUUUAACACUCCCGCUCUGGUACUGAGUCGUCAAGCUGCAUAUUAUACUGAUUAUCAUUGAGAAUGAUAUUGUUAGAGAUGGGUCUCCACUGGCAUGAUCA